AUGUCUGAUUCAGAACACACUCCCAUCCCUACAGAGGACCCCACCCAGGGCCUCUUUGGCUCCGACGAUGACGAAGACGAUGAUGACCAUCACCAACAGCGUAGCCAGGAGAACGGAAACCGCUCGCCAGCUCAGCGUCGUCGUGGAUCAGACUCCGAGGCAAGCGAUCGCGACUCGAUCGGCAAGCGCCCCCGUCGACGAAACAACCGCUUCAGCGACGAUGAAGACGACAGCGCCGAUGGAGACGAGGAGCCUGCCAGAGAUCACCAUCAGUCUGGAGGCAAGGUCAGACGCACUGCUGGAAGGAUCGAGGACGACGACGAGGACGAGGAGGAAGAGGAUCGACGAUCUGACGACGAACGCCGUCCCAAACGCGACAACCUUGGCGAUCUCUUCGGAGAUGAAGGUAGCGAGAGUGAGGACGACCGUGCCGCCAGAAAAGAAUCUCCCAGGAGAUCACCUUCAGUAGACGAUUUCAUUUCGGAUGAUUCUGACACUCGGUCCAGAAAGAGACGAGAGGGAAAACAAAAAAAGCGCGAGCGCCGCCACGAGGAUUCAGAGGAUGAGGACCGCGACCUCGAGAACGACUACAGGAGCACCCAGAAGGCCAGGAUCGAGAACAGACAGUCUGUUGAGCUCCCCGAGAUUGGCGUCCCUUACAGUUCUGAGGGCAAGAUCUAUAUGUCUCGUUUGCCUAAUUUUUUAAACGUCGACACCAAACCGUUCAACCCCGACACCUACAGCGACGACCAUGAGAUGAACGUUGACGAGACAGAGAACAGGCAGAGGAUCAAGCUGAAGGUCGAAAACACCAUUCGCUGGCGCUUCAAGGAUGGCGAAGGCAGCUCACAGGCGCCCAUUUCAGAGCGCGAGAAGGAGUCGAACGCCCGCUUUGUCCGUUGGUCAGACGGUAGCAUGUCACUGGUCCUCGGCGAUGAGAUGUUCCAGGUCAACGCUCAGACUCUCCAAAACCAGCAUCAGUUCCUCGUCGUCCACCACCCUGCAGCAUUGAUGUUGCAAACACAGCUGGCCUUUACUGACACAUUGAACUUCCAGCCAUAUACGACCCAGUCUGUCACCCAUCGCAAGUUGACUGCUGCUAUUGCCGGAAGACACGUUAAGGGAGUCAAAACAAAGAUGGUUCCUACCCUCCAGGAUCCCAAGGCGGCCAAGGAGAAGAUCGAACAGCGCGAGUUGGAACAGGUCCGCAGUCGUCGCAAGGUCGCGACUGAAAGAAGCAAACAUGCUCGGGCUACUGGCUUGUCUGUUAGAGGACUCGAGGAGAGCGAUGGUGAACACGAUGAUGAAGAUGAUGAGGACUUUGAAGCCGAGGAGGAACGCCGACGGGAAAAGAUCAUGUCGAUCAAGAAGUCCGGAUCGGACAUGUACAAGUCGAGGGCUAGCAAAUACUCAAGCGACGAGGAUGUUUCCAUGGACGAUGAAGACGAGGAUGUGGGACGUGGACGCCACAGACGGGGCAGGAGCAGAGAUCGUAGCAGAGAUCGCAGCGGAGACCGCCGUCGUCGUCGCUCCCCCAGUGCCAGCCGUAGUCGCAGCCGAAGCCGUUCUCCUAGCCGCAGCCGCAGCCGUAGCCCUGUUCGUCGCCGCAAGGGUGGCCGCGGUCGUAGCUACAGUCGCAGCCCGAGCCGGAGCCCCAGUCGGAGUCGUUCUCGCAGCCGCAGCCACAGUCCUCGCAGACGCCGCAAUGCUGACAGCGACAAGGAGCACGAUGACGAUCGUGUCGACAAGAGGAGGGUUUCGGACGAUGAUGGUCCGGAUGAUGAUGAGGAGGAGGAGCAGGCUAUCCAGAGACGUCCCAAGAAGAGAAGAAACGCCUUGGACAGCGACGAUGAUUAG